GGGCGUGGUGUCGGGGUUCCCCAAUAUAGGGGUUCUCCGGACACGCUCUGCGGGCCAUGGGGGCUGCGGUGUUGCUGCUGUGGUUGCUGCUGCUGUCGCUGCUGCCGCUGUGGGCGCUGCUGCGGCGGGGCCAUGGGCGCGGCCCGCGCUGGGGGGCGCUGCACCUGCUGCACCCGCAGGGGGCGCUGCACCUGAGCCGCUUGGCGCGGCGGCACGGGCCCGUGCUGCGCCUGCGCCUGGGGGGCCGCGACGUGCUGGUGCCGAGCUCAGUGGGGACCAUCCGUGAGGCGCUCGUCCGGCACUGGGGUGACUGGCUGGGGCGCCCCAGCAGUUAUCUGGGGUCACUGGUAUCACAGGGGGGCCGGGACCUGGCACUGGGAGGCCCCUGCCCUGACUGGCACCGGCAGCGGGGAGCAGUGCGGGGGGCGCUGGCACGGGCUGGGGGGCGUCUCGGGCCCCUUCUUUGGCUGCAGGGCAAGGAGUUGUGUGAGGAGCUGCGUUCCCAUGGGGAGGCCCCCCUGGACCCCUCUGAGAUUUUCACCUUCCAUACCUGCAGCACCAUCGCACGCCUCCUCUUUGGGGACCUGGUGCCCCCUCCAGGGGAGCUCCGGGCCUUCUCCCGCUGCCUGGGGGAGCUGCUGCAGGUUUGGGGGCACAGCAGUGUACAGGUGCUUGACCUGCUGCCCCUGCUGCGGGUCUUGCCCAACCCGGGAUUGCGGAAGCUGCUGCGGCUUGUCCAGCACCGUGACGCCUUUGUGGAGGCCCAGAUCCGGCGGCACCAGGCAUGCCCCUCCCCUCCUGAGGACACAGUUUUGGGGAUGCUGCUGGGAUGUAAUUCUGAGGCAUGGGGGGGCCCCUUGAGCCCCCCCCGGCUGCACAUGGCAUUGGUCGACUUGUUCAUUGGGGGCACUGAGACCACGGCGGCUGCUCUGGGCUGGGCUGUGGCCUUCUUGCUGCACCGCCCUGAGCUGCAGGCGCGGCUGCGGGCGGAGCUGGAGGGGGCACAGGGACCCCCUGGGCCGGGGGACAUGGGGCGCCUGCCCCUUCUUCAGGCCACUGUCAGCGAGACCCUGCGGCUGCGGCCCCCUGCACCCCUGGCGCUGCCCCACUGUGCCCUGCGCCAUACCAGUCUUGGGGGGCUCCCUGUGGUGGCUGGCACUGUCCUGGUCCCCAACCUGCUGGCAGCUCAACAGGACCCUGACAUCUGGCAGCACCCAGAGGUCUUCCUGCCUGAGCGGUUCCUGGCCCCGGGCGCCCCCUCGCGGUCGCUGCUGCCGUUCGGCUGCGGGGCGCGAUCCUGCCCGGGGGAGGGGCUGGCGCGGGCCGAGCUCUUCGUGUUCCUGGGGCUGAUCCUGCGGGAAUUUCGUCUGGAGCCGGGCCCGGGGGGGCUGCCAGGGCUCAGUGGGUCACCAGGCACGGUGCUGCGCUGUCCCCCCUUUCGCCUGCGCAUGGUCCCCUGCCAGCCCCUGGGCUCACCCUGACCCUGGCCUGACUCCACCUUUAUUACUUUUCAUGAACACUCUGUGACUCACUUGACUUUUUCUGACCCUUCCUAAAUACACCUGACUCCACCUGAUUCUGUGUGACAGCGCCUGAACCUGGCUGACUUUGACCCUGUGACUGACCCCACCUGACCUAGGCCUCACCCCUGCCAGCCCUAUGCCUCACCUUGACACUGGCUAUGACCCCAGCUGUGACCCUACCAAACCCCAUCUAACCCUAAGCAGGACAUUCUUACUCCCAUGUGGAAUACUAAUUAAAUUGGACAAUUAACUAAUUAGACAACUAAUUAGUUAAUUUGAUAAUUAGCCAAAUUUGCGCCGCACUUAUCACUCAUCCUAAGACCACUUAUCACACAAACACCACGCUGGUGCCUCGCCUGGCAUCUGCUGGCUUCUCCCCUCACACCACCACCUCUCCCACCCUCCUCAUGUGUCCCCGCAACGUGCCACACCUGCUCCCGCCCCAGGUUGUGUCAUUGCGUCGUUAAGGUGUCUCACGCUACACCCUGUCCCCAGUCCUGCCCUGGGUGCAUCAUCAGAAUGAUGUGCCAGAUGGCGGAACAAUGUGAUGACCAGACGAUGUAAAUGAGACAGCCAUUUUGUGUACUGGCAGAAGCCACUUACGAGAGAGUCACCAUCUUUGGUAAAACACUCUGUGAAGACCCAGCACUUUACCAGUCUUUUCAGGUGCCUGAAUGCAAUUCCAACACCGAUCCCAUGUGUUCAGCCCAGUUUCCCACGGUGCCUCUUUGUGUGGGGGCACAGGUGCUGAGGUCAGUGGAACUGGGGGUACACGAGAGCCUUGCGGUUGGCACCGGGGAGCUAGCUCCAUCCCAGAAGCCGCCAUAUUUGUCCCAUAACACAUGAUUUUUGGGGAGCCACUGUCUUUGUCCCGUAUCACAUGACAUUCUAGAUGCCACCACAGUUUUAGGGAUUUAGGGAUUCUACAUAGACUGUAUAAGGCCCCUAAUUAGUACUGCACAGCAAACUAAUCAAUAAUUGACAGGGUUAGCAUGGCUUUUUAUUGGGACACUUGAUCCCGUGACUUUUGCCAUCCAGCUCCAUCUAUGGGUGCUCGAAGGGGGCCACUACCUUUCCAGCCACCAUGUUGGUUGUAACCGUCUGUCUUGGCCCCUGGUGUCCAUUUGCAGUUUGGCUCCCUCCCUGGGGUGAUCAUGGGUCUGGCUCUCACCCCAGGUCCGGAUUCCGGUCCGGGUCAGCCCUGAGGUUUCAGGGCUCCAGAGGGGCUUGGGGCAUCUUCUUGGGGCCACUCUGGGGGCUCCAGGGUCUGGCUUCAAGUGCCAUUUUGCUUCUAUGGCUGCUCAGAGGGGGUCACAUCCUAUCCAGCCACCAUCUUGGUUGUUGUCUUCUGUCUCACCCGCAAAUGCCUGUUCCUGGUUCGGCUCCCUCCCCAGGGUGGUCCUGUCCCUAGCUGCCCUGGGUCCUGGUCAGUCCGGGUCAGCCCUGGGGUUUCAGGGCUUGGGAGAGGCUUGGGGCAUCUUCUUGGGGCCACUCUGGGGACUCUGAGGUCUGGCUCCAGGCAUCAUCUUGACUCUAUGGGUGCCCAGAGGGGGCUCACUUCCUUUCCAGCUACUAUCUUGGUUGUAGUUCUUUCAGCCCAAGUGGGCUUCCUUGCAGUCUUAGGACCUAACCAGCAACAGUUCCUGGUGGAGCAGUGGGUUACAUCUCAGACUUAUAACCCAAAAGUUUGCAGGUUUGAAUCCCAUUGUGACAGCUUGAGCUGAGGUAAGGCAAAGGUAAAUUGGUGGUUGCUGGGGGUGGGGGGCGGAGCUAGUGGAAGUUGCUGGGGGCAGGGCUUUGGGGCCAUUGGGAGGAACUGGAGGUGAGGCAACAGGAUGGGGCCAGGGGUUAUAGUGAUGCCCCCAAGGGUUUUGGUUAAGGUUAGGCCCCCCAUUAGGGUUGGGAUAUGGGUUAGGGUUAGUGAACGUGGCUGCCCAAACCUGUUCUGAGGACAGCAGUGGGUGGGGAGUUUGACAGGUGGUACACCUGUCAAAGUGAAACACAGUCCUAAGGCAAGCUCAGGGAGGAUGGAAAGCUCCUGAGGAACAGAAGGGCAAAAGCUCGCUUGAUCUUGAUUUUUCAGUACAAAUACAGACUGUGAAAGUGGGGCCUCACAUUCCGCCUGGCUUUUUGGGCUUUAAGCAGGAGGUGUCAGGAAAGUUACCACAGGGAUAAUAGGCUUGUGGUGUCCAAGCGUUCAUAGUGAUGUCACUUUUUGAUCCUUCUAUGUUGGCUCUUCCUAUCAUUGUGAAGCAGAAUUCACCAAGUAUUGGAUUUUUCACCCACUAAUAGGGAACGUGAGCUGGGUUUAGACUGUGAUGAGACAGGUUAGUUUCACCCUACAGAUAAUGUGUUGUUGCAGUGGUAAUCCUGCUGAGUCCCAGCAGUGCUACUUCCUGGUGAACACAAUUGGUACUGCACCCCCAAUGGGGAAUUGCUGCUUCUUGGUGGACAGAACCGGGUGCUGUGCCUUCUUCUUCAUUCCUGGACAGUGCUGUCCUCUGGUGGACACUACCAGUACUGAGUCUCCACGAUCAGUGCUGCACCCUGGUGGACACAACCGGUACUGCAAACCUUAACUUUCAGACAGUGCUGCUGGCUUGUGCAUACAACCCGCUGUUACAGCCACCCAUCCCCCAGCAGUGCUGCCCCCUGGUGGACAUAACCCGGUACUGUCACCCCCCCCUCAUUCAUGGGCAGUUCUGCCCCCUGAUAGACACAACGACACUGCAGCUUUUCACCUGGUGAGCAGUGCUGCCCCCUGGUUGACAGAACUUGAUAUGGCAACCCCCCUCGUCCCAAGUGGUUCUGCCCCCUGAUGGACACAACCGGUACUGAAACCCCCAUGGGCAGUUCUGCCCCCUGCUGGACAGAACCUAGUAGUACAACCUUCUAUCCCCUGCAGUGCUGCCCCCUGGUUGGCACAACUGAUAGUGAGUUGAUGCCUUAAGUUCUGAGUUUUCUGUUCUGCUUGGGUAAACUUUUCCGUUGUGCUUAGGGUGACAAAGACAAAAUAGUUCGAUUUCAGCUGUGGACUCAAGGACAAUUUCUUCAAACCUCAGGCCCUAAGCAUAAACAGUGUGCAAAGAGGAGGGCAGGCCAACCAGCAAACAAGGAGGAUGAAACCGCUGUUUGAGACUAUUAAUUGCACAGUUGACUCUUGUAUGCAAAUGGACUAAAAUCUAUAAAGGUGUGAGAUCAUGUGACCAAGCCCUCUUUUGCUUCCAUUUUGAAGUCAUCCAGGAAGAGGCCACUACUGUGGCACUGAUUGCAUCAGGGUGUGGCCUUGAAGGUCUUUCAAUAAAUAUCCAUUUUAUUUCCCUUAA